CUAAGAGCCGCCCUCCAACCUAAACGCGUUUCGUUGUGGCCUGGAGCUCUAAAUAUACAGAAUCUAAAGAGCUUCAUUAAUAAAUCUCCCUCAAAUUACACCACCUCAUCCCAAUUAUUGUCUUUAAAGCUUUCGAAUAUCUUCCAUUAAAAUCUUGAAAUCAUGACUUCGAUAGGUACAGGUUAUGAUCUUUCGAAUUCCGUCUUUUCCCCUGAUGGACGGAACUUUCAAGUCGAAUAUGCAGUAAAGGCAGUUGAAAAUGGCGGAACUUCUGUUGGAAUCAAAUGCAAAGAUGGCGUUGUGCUUGCAGUUGAGAAGGUCAUUACCAGCAAGCUCCUAAAGGCUGGAGCCAACAAACGUAUUGCGACAAUCGAUAGACAUAUGGGUGCUGUAUCUUCAGGAUUAGUACCAGAUGGUAGACAUUUCGUUUCCCGUGCCCGCGAUGAAGCUGCAAGCUGGCGUAACGUUUACAAAACUCCAAUUACAACCGCAGAUUUGGCUAGUCGAAUGGGUGGAUAUCUUCAAGCAUAUACUCUCUAUUCAUCCGUACGACCCUUCGGUAUAACUGCAAUCGUCGCAGGUUAUGAUUCCGAACAAGAAUUACCAGUUGAUGGACAAGUAGGAAGUGGACCAAUCAUUGGUUCCGGAGGAAAGGUUGAGGGCAAGAAAUAUGGAGGACCAGGUCUUUACAUGAUUGAACCAAGUGGAUUAUACUGGGGUUACUAUGGAGCUGCCACCGGUAAAGGACGUCAAGUCGCAAAGGCCGAAUUGGAGAAGUUGGAUCUUGCAGCUGGCAAUUUGAGUUUAUUAGAUGGUGUUAAGGAGGCCGCACGAAUUAUCUAUGUUGCGCAUGAUGACAAUAAGGAUAAGGAAUUUGAGCUUGAGAUGACUUGGAUUAGCAACCUUGAUGGGCCAACAAAGGGAAGACACGAGGAAGUACCCAAGGAUAUCCUUGAGGAAGCUGAAAAAUUAGCGAAGAAGGCUUUGGAGGGUGACGAUGAUGAGGAAGAAGAGAAACCGGCUGAGACGGCGGCUGAAGGAGAUAAGAUGGAGGAAUAGUCGAAGAAGUAUGUGUGAGAACCCCACUGUAUCAACACCUGCCUUCACAUUUUACAUGGCUCAAAAGGUUUUGAGCUUGAUCACAGCAUAUGAUACUCUAAUGAUGCAUUUACGCCCUGAUCUGAGUUUUGUUAAUGAUUUUGACUAUUGAAUUUGGUGAAUACUUUGGAUUGUGCCAUUCUAUAACUUAGCUAGGUUGCCUGC